GCAUGAGUUCUGACCGUGAGGAGUAUGACAUGCUCUGUCAGAAAGCUGUAACCCUCCUUAUUGACCUCUGCCUGCUCAACAGUACCGUGCUGGAUCAGGACGCCUGUCAGGAUUUCCUGUUGGCACUGACCAGUCAGGACUCGGACCACAAAGACGCAGACGUUACUUUUGGCCUGGUUCUGGGUCUGUUUCUUGUUUGUGGCCUGGCUCUGCUGGGCCUCCUUACGCUAGUGUCCUGGAAGCUGUGCCGGGUGCCUCGGCAGACAAAGGCCCACUUCCCCAGUCCACCUCUCAGCCCGGCCGGUAACCCACGACGCGGCUCGCUCCAGCAGCCUCCCCCGCUGCCCAGUCCCCAACAACCGGCGGUCACCAUGGCAACAGAAAAGGUGAAGGACCCCAUAGGCUCGCAGGCUUUCCUGGAGGCAGCAGUGAAGAUAAGCCAUACCUCUCCCGACAUCCCCACGGACGUGCAGCUCUCCAUGAGGGAGCACUUCUUGCGCCGCACGCAGCGCAUGCAGAGACAAACCACUGAGCCAGCCUCGUCCACACGGCACAACUCUUUCAAAAGGCACCUGCCCAGGCAGAUGCAGGUGGGCAGCUUAGAUCUGGGAAAUGAUUAUGUAGCAGACAAGGAUGAAAAGCCAACAAGCAUCGGCCGCAUCCAGCCAGAGCUCUACCAGCUGAAGGCCCCAGAAUCAGAGGAUUCCUCCAAGAACAGCAGCGGCAAAAACUGUGGCAGGAUAAACUUUUCACUCAAGUAUGACUACGAGAACGAAGCCCUGCUUGUCAAUAUCAUCAGGGCCGUCGAUCUGCCUGCCAAGGACUUAUGUGGUACUUCUGACCCUUAUGUGAAGAUCUAUCUGCUGCCCGAUCGCAAGAAGUUCCAGACUCGAGUCCACCGGAAGACGCUCAACCCCACGUUCAUUGAGAGCUUCCAGUUUUCCGUGCCUUACGAAGAGCUGGCAGUCAGGAAGCUCCACAUGAGUGUCUUUGACUUUGACAGGUUUUCUCGGCAUGACAUGAUCGGAGAGGUGGUGUUGGAGAAUUUGUUUGAGACGUCGGACCUGUCGCGAGAGACAAACAUCUGGAGAGACAUCGAGUAUGCCACCAGUGAAAGUGUCGACCUUGGGGAGAUCAUGUUCUCACUCUGCUACCUUCCCACCGCAGGCAGACUCACACUCACAGUCAUCAAGUGCAGGAACCUCAAGGCCAUGGACAUCACUGGGUACUCAGAUCCCUACGUCAAAGUAUCACUGAUUUGUGAUGGAAGACGUUUGAAAAAAAAGAAGACCAGCAUUAAGAAGAACACCCUGAAUCCCACCUACAACGAGGCCAUCAUCUUCGACAUCCCUCCAGACAGCAUGGACCAUGUCAGCCUGCACAUCUCUGUCAUGGAUUAUGAUUUGGUGGGUCAUAAUGAGAUCAUCGGUGUGAUGAGGCUUGGAUCCCAUGCUGAAGGUCUUGGCAGGGACCACUGGAAUGAAAUGCUGGCUUAUCCACGAAAGCCAAUCGCACACUGGCACCCCCUGCUGGAGCCCAAGAAAUCUGAGAAAGAAUGGAAGGCGAGAACAGCCAGCUUUGACAGCCAGGGCUCGUGCCCCUCACCCAGGCCCCCUGCUAGUCCCUGAGAGGAUCCACCUGUGAUCCAGCAGCCCAGAAGGGGACUUCCUCCCUCCUGAUGAUCCACUUCCUGUCUUUGUGGAUAAGGAGAAACACAACUCUUUCUCUCUCUCUCUCUCUCUCUCUCUCUCUCUCUCUCUCUCUCUCUCUCUCUCUCUCUCUCUCUCUCUCUCUCUCUCUCUCUCUCUCUCUCUCUCUCUCUCUCUCUCUCUCUCUCUCUCUCUCUCUCUCUCUCUCUCUCUCUCUCUCUCCUUGUCUGCCUUCCUUCCUCAAGCCUAGUCCCAAAGCACUCCCAAGAACUGAUCCAGGACUUUCCAUCAGCCAGCUGUGUGAAGCUCUGUAUUUUCUGGAUUCAAACUUAAAGUAGACAAUUUGAAACGUGGCUGUUUUGACGGUCUGAAAGUGGCUUUGUCCUGUAGGAGGCUGGCUGGAGAUUCAGUCUGCAGACAUCUGUUGCUGGAUUGUCCAAACCAGGGCAAACUGAUCGUCGGUGACUUGUUGGUCUCAAAGGACUUGGAUCAAGAGCAGCUUAGAGCUGCAGACUCUUUGAUGGAAAUAACACAGUCGGAUAUCAUUUCCUGAAAGCAGCAGAUGUUUCACAAAGGGGAGCCGACGAGAGGGGGAGUCAAGAGCAAAGCCAGAUAUUUGAAACUCAGUGGAUCUCUCAGUUUAUUUUGCAUUUUUGUGUUACCGUCCACCAAUAGCAAGUCAAAUCGGUCUGAAACUAGAAAUUAAAAUCAGCUUGGUUGUACUUUUGAAUUUAUCAGAAUCAAUUUAUUGUCAUUGAGCCACCGUCCAAGGAAAUUUCCGUUUCAGCACAACCCGUCUAAGAUUUGACACACAGCACGUUAAAAACACACAGACAGACUCGGGCUGAGCUGUGGGUAUGCAGCCAUCCUGGUGCUCCCAUAUGCAGAUAAAAAAGGGUGACAAGAGGAUGGUGGGGCAUUCUGGACCUACUCCCCACAGGGGAUAGGUCUGAUAUACAAAAAACAAUGCCUCAGUUCAAUAAAGCACAUAUUCAGACAAUUACAACAGAUAUAAAUCCAUGAGAGGUGGGUGGGAGGGGUUAAGAUCACUAUUGCAACUGAGAGAGUUUGCAGCUAUCCAGCACAUUCUCCAACCCUAAAUGUUCAGGGGUGUGAGUGAGAGUCGAAGUGUGCCGAGAACACCGAGUCCCUAUUGGGUCUGUGACCUUUCUCCCAGAUAAGUCACAAACUGAUCAAGGAGCUCACAGACCCAUGUCAAGAGUAAGGGAGAAAGGGCAGAUUAUCUGUCUCUGAGGGAGUUUUGAAUUUUUCAGUCCUCAAGGCCAAACAUAGGGGAGCCAAAAUCAGAUAACAUUUUUUGUUUUGGAACAGGCCAGAGAUAACAUUUUAAAAAUGUAUUUAAAAUAAUUAAUUGUCUGAUCAACACUAUGGUUUCAAACAGGGUGUUUAAACUGAUAUAUCACAUAGCUUAUGCUGUAAUAAUUCUAAACGUUAACAAUUGCUUAAAGUGGCACUGCACUGAAUAAACAUGUUUUAAUUAUUAUUUCUGAUUAUAAUCCGUCACUAUGAGUUUAACGUGCAGGCUGAACAUGAAAAUAGUCUUCUACACCUAUCUCCUGCAUUAGCUUCUGAUAGAAAACAGACGGCAAAACUCUAGGAUUAGAAAACCUGACACAUCUAUGUCACUUAACAUUCAUGGACUCGCCCAUCUUGACUCAUGACGGGGAAGGCUGUUGUUGGUUUAGCCUCCAUUUUCUGACAGAGGUGCGUCGGAGCUUUGUUUCCCCAGAGUAGAACUCACAAGGCAUUCAUUCCUACUAGAGACCACUGAAAAUGUAAUACAAAUAUGAGUAAAGUAUCACUUUAAAUAUUCAACUGAAUUUUAAAAAAGGUAAUUAGGGAGUCAAAAAACAUAGAAAUACUCAUUAAACAUAAAAAAUAAAAAGCAUACAAAGACCUGAGAGCACUUUUACAAUUGUCUUCUUUUAACUGUCUGAUGAGUCUUUCAGAGCAGUGUUACCAUUUCUUCCAACACAAAUCAGAAACUUCUUCCAAAAUACACAUAGGAAGGGUAUGUUUUUGCUUUGUUAAUUCUCUGAUUUCUGGUUUUAGUGGAUGUAAAUAUCCUUCUGUACAGAUGUUUUAUUAAAUGUAAAAUGUUGCUUUUCUGAACUAAAAAAAGCCAAGAAGAUAUAUUAUGUAGACAUCUAAGAAAUGUUUAGCCUUGUUGUUGGUGAAGAUAAAAAAUAAGAAAUUAUAUAUUUCUCUUUUUACAGAUGCAUAUUUCUUGAAUUUUAUUAUCUCAUUAAAUAAAGAGCUCAGUGUAAAUGAGCAGUAUUCAAAAGAUCUAAACUGUACAAAUAAAACCUGAUUACUGGUCCCAGCCAAGCCGGAUAGAAAUACCAGUGAGGACAAUUCUUUAUUCAGGUCAAAGAGUAGCAGCCAUACUGUUUUUGAUUAGCCUUGUGUUUCAUGUUUAUUGUGUUUACUCCUCUUGUGGUUAUAAAUUUAUUUAUUUAUUUAUUUAUUUAUUUAUUUAUUUAUUUAUUUAUUUAUUUAGUUGUGAAAGAAAAUGUACAUUAUUACAUCAAAAGGCACAAAUCUUAAAUCACUGUAGUGGGUCAAAACAUGACCCUUAGUGUUUUGUUUACAGUGUAUAAACAUAUUUGCAUUGUGUUUAUUUAGAAUUUGCUAUUAACAUCAUAUGUAUGAGCUACACAUGUUGGAUUUAACAGCUGGUAACAGAGUGUGUUCAAUUUAGAGUGCUUACCUUCCAAAAUGGACUUUCUGGAUACUUUGCAGAACCAUCCUUCAUAAAAUCAAAACAAUUUCAACUAUAAGGGCAAUAAAGCCUGUUUCACUCUGAUUGCAGUAUAGAGGUGGUACGGAUCCCCUACAGCCUCCAAACAGACUGGUAUUCACACUAGUCAUCUGACACAAUGCAUUUAAAAAUAUACAUGUAAAAAUCAUUCAUUCAUUUUAAACUGAUAUCUCUGUCAAGCUGGCAAUGAAAAUGCAGGUUUUAUUUUGAAAUAUCCCAGAUGCACCCCACUAUUCCAUGUCUCAUUUCCUGUCUGACUCAUGUACUUCCUUUACCUUCACGACAAUCCACAUGAAGCAUCUAGAAAACAUAGAUUCCAUGCAGAAACUUACCUGAGUUUCGCUUUCGGAUCCGUACCCUGCUGCAGCCGGUGUGAAUGCUCGGUCUACACUCUGUGUUUUUUUUCUUUCUUUUUUUAAUCAAAGUGGAAGGCAUAAGGAACCGGACUGCAUUCCUUUCACACAUGGCGUGAAACAGGCGUCAAGGCCUAAAAUGCUAAUUUGCUUUUUCCUCUCUCCAAAACAAAUGACAUAGCCUUGGUUCACAUCUGUUGACUGUGACCGUGUGUUUGCACCUUAUCAUUACGGCUGUAAUGGUUACAUAGCAGCGUCAUGCAAAGUACCUGAAUGAAUAUCUUGAUCAAAGAUUGACGUCCCAUUUUAGUGGCGUUGUAUCCUGGAUUUUGGUUUUAAAUAGAGAUUACCGUAAUUUCCGGACUAUAGAGCGCACCUCAACAUUAGCCGCACCGGGCUAAAAGCCGCAGAUAUCUACUGAAUUGAAAAUGUAGUUUAACUGAACUUAACUAAACUGAUCAGUAUCAAACAAAACAGAGAAGUUAUUGAUUAGUUUAUUCAUCAUCCUCCUGCGCACGGAAACCACUGAAGUCCUCUUCUUCAGUGUCGGAGUUGAACAGCCUCAGAAGAGCUUCGUCACAUACCUUUUCUGUGGCGAUGUCCGUGUUGCUGUCAUCAUCCCGGGGUGAAGUUGGGAAAACAAGCAGCGCCGUUUUACUGUGAAAAAAAUCCUCCUGGGCGCUUUCCGUAGCGCUCCUUUAACCUUUCCUUCAUUAGACUUUCCAGCAUCCAUCCUUUCUGGUUGACUAAAGCCGCACCUCAUUAUAAGCCGCAUGAUUCAAGGCGUGGAAAAAAUGAGCGGCUAUAGUCCGGAAAACACGGUGCUCUGUUUUUAUGAACCCGGCAAAAACAUUAAACAGAAAGCAACAGCUUAAUGUGAUCCCAGGCCAAAGAACUGCCAGACAGCUAUCAUUUAUCACAUCUGAAAGGGUUUUCACAGAUAAAUGUUGCUCAUUGAGAGUUUUUGUUCAAGACAUCGAGACACUAACAGAUGAUUUCAGCAGAUGCGCCCUGUCUGUUUUAGCCAUUUCCAUCAUGGAUAAGUUGAUAUCGUAUCACUGAACGACCGAUAUGACCAAUGAGAGGCAGUAGACGGGUGGACGGGUCAGCAUCUACACAGCAGUGGCAUUUGCCUAAUUGGCGCUCUUAACAAGAAUGAGUCAGUGCAUUGAUGCUUGUGUGUGACGUAAUCUAUCAUAGUCGACACUCGGUCUGAAGUUCUCUCUAAUUUCCACGUGGUUGUGAGUUCUUUGGACUGACGGCAUUGUUAGACUUCUGUCUAAUAUAUGUGUACAGUUUGAAAUUAGUGGAUGAACAAUUGUGUUGUUUCUGUUGCUCCUUUACUUGUAUUUUAUGAUGGUCAUACUUCUCUGACAGUGUGGUGUGAUUUCAUAGUAGAUGAACCUGUUAGACCAAUUGCCUCAGUCAAUGGACUGUUUCUGACCUUUUAGCUUCGCCUAAUAUUGUAAUGUUCAUUGAUAUGACUUUGUAUUCCUUCCAGCUGUGAUAAUAGCACAGAAUUGUACAUUUUUUAUUGAACGUUUUGUAUUUGUAAUAAUAGAAAGGUUGGUUAAAACAAAUGAUUCUUUUAGGUUUGUGAUCAUUAUUGACAUUAUGAAAACAGAGUGCGUAGUACACGUAUGUAGCAAACAGUAUUUUCACCACAAACUGUCAUUCCUUCGUUUCUAAAAGUCUGAAAAUGCACAUCAGAAACUUGCUUGCUGUGUUUUCUCCCAUGGAGCGUGAUGUGGUCUGUGACAUGUUUUCUUUUCAUUGAUUAAAAAACGUAUGCAAAGUGG